GCGGCCUUCGGGCUUCGCAAAGGUGCAGUUCACCGCCCCCGCCGCCGCGAAGGCGGCACGGAACGCGCUGCACAACCAGAAGAUGGACGUGUCGACGUCGGGCUCUGAACCGCAGAGCCGGUACGUCGAGAUCUUCCUCUUCUCGGAGAGGCCGAACAAGCUCCGGUUCAAGCGGGCCGCGGAGAGCGUGCCCCUGGCCAGCGAGGAGGAGGACCCCGGCUCGGAGGAGCAGCGCAGGACACUGGCCGCCCAGAAGCAGAGGGCGUACGAGGAGUGCCGGGUGUACAUGGAGUCGCCAGGAAAGGGCGAGCUGCUCCUGAGCAUGCUCGGCGUGGCGCUGUCCAGCGAGUCGCGGCUUUACCUCAAGAGGACAGACCAGGGCCUGAAGCACUUCUUGUCGCAGUUCCCUGACGACUUCUCCGUGGGAGAGGGGGCGAGGGACCCGCGGAUCUGCCGGUGGCCCGGCCGCCGCCGAGGGCGCCGGCCGCGGCGCUCGAGGACGCGCCAGGACGACUGCCGCCGCCUCCGGGCCGGCGGCCCGCGGGCGCCUCUGGCGAGGGGCCGCCCGUGCCGGCGAGCCCGAGGGUGA